GCAGUUACUCUCUUCCAGAUGGGUUAACAGUAGAAGGCUCAGUUUCUCUGCUCGCCACACGGCCUUCUGCACCGUAGCUUUGGGUGGUGGGCUGCAGAUUAAUUUUGUAACCACCGUAAGAAAAAUACGGAACUCUAACUCCUUGCCACUCAAGAAAUGUCCUCCCUUUCAGAAUAUGCCUUGCGCAUGUCUCGUCUCAGUGCCCGGCUAUUUGGUGAAGUCGUCAGGCCUACUGAUUCCAAGUCUAUGAAAGUGGUGAAACUGUUUAGUGAACUGCCCUUGGCCAAGAAGAAGGAGACUUAUGACUGGUAUCCAAAUCACCACACUUACACUGAACUCAUGCAGACACUCCGAUUUCUUGGACUCUACAGAGAUGAGCAUCAGGAUUUUAUGGAUGAGCAGAAACGACUAAAGAAGCUUCGUGGAAAGGAGAAACCAAAGAAAGGAGAAGGGAAAAGAGCAUCAAAAAGGAAAUAGUGUUGGUCCCUCAAGAGGGAGAAUUUCCUCCUCAGUGGCAGAGAGAAGAAAGUGCAUUUAUUGUCUUUCCACAUAUUGGAGGAAUGUCAUCUUCCUGAAUGAAGGUUAUUUGGAGGAACACAGUCAUCUCCUUGUUGAAAUCUAAUCCGGUUACAUUGUGGCUGAUUUCUUGAACACAUUCUAACUGUGCACAAUUAUUUUGGCCUUGGCCAUGUAAUGUGAGGUUUACCUGAUUCUCUAAUGAAAUAAAUACCUAAGUUAUUGUU